AUGAUCUAAUACUUAACUUAAUAUGUGUUUCAUUUAGUGUAUGUUCUUUAAACUGGAAAGGCUCUAAAAACUGAGACUAGUAAAUGCAAAGAAGAAAAUGUUCAGAAAAUUCUAGUGUUUUUUCUAUUGAUGAGUGCAAAUCAUUUAUAAGAAGGUUGUAUAACAAAAGGAAUUAGAAGUGUCAACAAAUCAGCUGAACGUUCCUUCGAAAAAAGCUUUCAAUUGUUUAGCAACAGUUUAGAAAAUUUUUUUGAUCAAUUUAGAUGA